AUGGGCAGAGAAGACCUCUUACCCAGAAUGAAGCUGCAAGUUCCGGCGGGCGAUAGCACGGAUGGCUCUCUGCUACGGCCCCGGGCUGGCCCUAGCCCUGGACAAGAAACGAGCAGUCAUUCCAAUUUUGACCUAGGUUUGGAUUUGAAGGAGGAACGCGACAGGGAUUCUUCGAUGAGUCCCUCCGAUGGCAGAGGAGAUACUGCCGGAAGCGAUGAAUACACAUCGUCGUUGGAGAAAAAGAAGAUGAAGCGAUUCCGCUUGACCCAUAACCAAACUCGAUUCUUGAUGAGCGAGUUUACUCGGCAAGCACACCCAGAUGCCGCUCAUCGCGAACGCCUGUCGAGGGAGAUCCCCGGCUUGACGCCCGACAAGUCCAAGUCUGGUUCCAGAACAGCAAAGCUCAAGCGUCUCACUACGAACGACCGCGAAAGAAUGCUCAAGUCUCGAGCUCUACCAGACGAUUUCGAUACUAGCAAAGUACUUCGUACGCCCUUUGAGGGAAAACCUGGACAAACAUCCCUCACCUCGCCUCAUGACUUCAAUAGCCCCAAUACAACCUACUCCGGCUUCAGAGGAAUACGCCAUGACGGCUUCCGUCCCAGUGACGACGAAUACCUCGUCUCUCCGCUCAGUUCCGGGCCCUACAUGUCCUCUGCUGGCCAGGGACGAGAGGGUUUUUCUUCCUCGAGUGUGAUGUUUGGUCGCCCGGGCGCAACAGGAUCCCUGGACCAGCAGCGACCGAUACGCAGCGAUUACAACAUCACCCGGUCCAGCAGCAUAUCCGAUACCUCCCCCCAACCCAACACCUUCCAUGCGGGCUAUCCGAUUCCCGGUCGCCUUGGACCAUCAAGUGGACCAGGUCUGCCUUACGGACGAUCGCCAAUAGAUUACGCGGUGGUUCGGCCCGCGAGUGGAAUGGUGCCAGGCUACGAUCAGUCCCAGUCAUUCGACAACUCGGUUUCGCCUACAGACACACAAGGCAACCAGAUACAGUACGACAUGAGCAACCUAGGCACGCAACCGCCAAAUUAUGCGCCUCGGAUGCCUGUUUCAGCCCAGAGCAGUGCACUCGGGCUUAACACCCAACUCCCCAAUGGCCGACCUCUCUCUUCUCUGCAGUCCCUUCCGCAGGACUACCGUCCUUUUUCCUAUGGUGCUACGUCGUCCCCACUCGGUAGCCUCAACUAUGCUCCCGCAAGUGGAGCCUCGAACCUCAACCUCCCUGCGACAUAUGCACCUUCAGAUCAAGGCAUCACGGCUGAUCAGAUGCAGCAGGGGGUGCAUUCGAUUGACACCGUGCGCAAUAAGUUCACAAACCCAUCUUUCAACUACGCAGGCUAUAUUCAGCAAUAA